UACCCCCAUCCCCUUCCUUUUCGCCUCGCCACAUCGCAGAGCUCACAGCAAGGGAAGCCACCGCAGAUCUCACCACCACUCCAACACAGUUGGAUCAAGCGAAGCCGCGUAGUGUUUUAGUCCGAUAGAGCGGUGAAGGGAGCCAUGACGGAGCUGUUCGACACGGCCGUGACCAGCCUCCUCCACCUGCCGGAGGUGCUCGACCGCCUCGCCGCCGCGGACGGCGACCGGCGCUCGGGUGGCCACCACGCUGCGCACCACCACGGGCACGCACGCGUCCACGGGCUCGGUGGCGGCGGCGGCGGCGGCGCGCCGGUGGACAUCGUAGAGACCCCUGGCGAGUACACGUUCGUGCUCGACGUGCCUGGCCUCUCCAAGUCCGACAUCCAGGUGACGCUGGAGGAGGACCGUGUGCUGGUGAUGAAGGGCGGCAGCGGGAAGCGGAAGCGCGAGGAGGAGGAGGAGGAAGGGGAGGGGGAAGGGUGCCGGUACAUCCGGCUGGAGCGCGGCGCGACGCCGCGGUCGUUCGUGCGCAAGUUCCGGCUGCCUGAGGACGCGGACACGGGCGGCGUCGCGGCGCGCUGCGAGAACGGCGUGCUCACCGUCACCGUCAAGAAGCUGCCCCCGCCGGAGAAGAAGACCAAGUCCGUGCAGGUCACCAUCGCCUAGAAGUCGGUCGGCGCUGGCAGUGUAGCAGAGUAGCAGUAGAAUCGUACGUAGUGGCAUGGCAUGUUGGGUGGGGUGCUCUUUUGUUCACGUUUGUGCUGAUCUGAUGGUGAAGGUGAGCUCGGGGGUGUGUGACCGUGCUUGGAAUGAAAUGGAAUCGUCGUCUCCAAGUGAACCUGCCCAAGAAUCCAGUUUUAUCUGUUUCGUCCCGUGUCCGUGUCUGCGGUCCAAAUUGAUCGCCGUCUUGAAAUUUGGUUUCAAUCUCAAGAACAAGAAUUCAAAACUA